AUGCCUGUCCCCGCGCCAGUCUCGGCCGUCACCGCCGGAGCGAUUCCCACUUACUCCUCCUCCGCGCACGCUUUCCGCGAAAUUUGGAGGCUCGAAGGGUGUCGCGGCCUGUGGAAAGGCGUCUCGGCCACGGCUGCGGCGUCUGGUCUCUCCUGGGGCAUCUUCCGAUAUCUUAACCCGACAGUCUCGGCUGUAGCCGGAGCGGCUUCAGCUGCCACGCUGCAUGCGCCUGGCCCCCAGGACGCCUCGGGAGCAGAAAGACAAGCAGACGCGGAAAACGUGUUCGUGAGGAGUCCUUUGUGGCGGCGCCAUGACAAGAAGGAAGAGGGCGAAAUCCAUGCGCGUGAAGAAAGGGCGAGACAGCGAGGAGGCAGAGUCGCGUCUGCUCCUCUCGACUCAAAACACGACAAUGAUCAAGGGAAGGAAACGAGAAAGAACGCGGCCGAUACACGGAGCGCGGCGAGCGAGGCAACUCAGGAUAGGCAAGGGGAUCCGGCGUCAAGGCUCCAAGACGAAAAGCCGUCUUCGGGUGAAUCAGAGAUGGACAAUGUCGCGUUCCGCGCAAAUCUUGCUGCCAGCGUCGUUGCCGGCUUUUUCUCGACAGUCAUCACUCACCCCCUAUGGCUGGUGAAGGCCCGCAUGGAGAUGCAGGCCUACGAAACGCUGGGAAGAGCGGAAUGGCCCCACUACAGAAACCCCGUCGACUGCCUGCUGAGCAUCCGCCGCAGUGGAGGUUUCUCGGCACUCUACGCAGGCCUGGGGCCUGCCGUGAUGCUGGUGCCGCAUGCAGCCGUGCAAAUCCUCGUUUACGAGGAGAUGAAGAAGCGUGCAGAGCAGAAAGACAGGCAAGUCGUGCAUGCACAAAUGCCUCCUCUUCGCCGGUGUCGUCGGUCUUUUCAGUGCAUCGCCAUCACUGCAACGUACCCUCUCCAGUUCAUGCUCCGCAAGGAAGGUUUUCCUUCGCUCUUUGGCGGCUACUUGGUGCAUCUCCAGCGGGCGUGUUUGCAGAACGGAAUUAUGUUUCUCAUUUUCGAGCAACUUGUCGGCUCUUUGCAGCCGCGCGGAUGA